UACGCAGGCGUGCCAGCCAGAGAGGAGUUCCGUUUCCGGUUACUGUGCAAAUUCUAGAGAACGCAGCAGCAGCGCAGAACCGGGUGGGAUAUUGUACCCUGUGUCCGGGAUGAGCACCGAGAAGAAGCCGCAGGUGGACUUAGGGCUGCUGGAGGAGGACGAUGAAUUCGAGGAGUUCCCUACUGAAGACUGGACGGGCUGCGACGAGGAUGAAGACUCUCACGUGUGGGAAGAUAACUGGGACGAUGACAAUGUAGAAGAUGACUUUUCCAAUCAGUUAAGGGCCGAACUAGAAAAACAUGGAUACAAAAUGGAGACUGCGUAGGAGUAAUAAAUCUUUGUAUUCUUCCGUGUAGAUUUUCUUUGUGUUUUACAAUAAAUAAUUUGUUUCUGUGAA